AUGGCUUUCUUUCCUCUACUCCUGGUGGGCAUACUGCUUUCUGCUCUCCAGGCCACACAAGUAACAAAAUAUGAACUAUGCCAGAUGCUGAAAGAGCUGGAUGGCUAUCGAUCCAUCACUUUGUCAGAAUGGAUCUGUAUCAUAUUUCAUAUGAGUGGUUGUGAUACACAAACCAUAAUUAAUUACAAUGGCAGCACAACAUACGGACUCUUCCAGAUCAGCAAUAAAUUUUGGUGCAGGGACGACCAGUUCCCUCAGUCAUGGGACAUCUGUGACAUCGCCUGUGACAACUUCCUGAAUGAUGACUUAUCUGAUGACAUACAGUGUGUCAAGAAGAUUCUGGACAGUGAAGGGAUUGGCUACUGGCCAGCCUAUAAACCUCUCUGCUCUGACAACUUGGAACAGUGGCUCUGCAAGUCAUGA